AUGGAGCAUGAGCCAGUAGCUAUUGGUGAAGCAGGUAGUCAACGGGUUAAUUUUGGUUUCAGAUUUGGUGUAUCAGAUGCGCAGCAAGUUAGGGAUUCAGAUACUGAUUAUGGAGACUCCGAUGAAUUAAAAAGUAUUCAAAGUGAAGAUGAGUGUACAACUUCAAGAAACAGAGCUUUUAAUGAUGCUUUCAAUGUGAGGACAGUUAUGGAGGAUCCAGAGUUUAGAAUAGGUUUGGUAUUCGAGUCGAAGGCUAUCUUGAAGGCUGCAAUCACUGCACAUUCAGUUAAGAAAAAUCGAGAGAUCAAAUACAAGAAGGAUGAUGCAUACAGACUGAGAGCCAUAUGUAAGGGGGAUUUUCCGUGGUUGUUAUAUGCUACAAAAGAGCAUAACAAGACAAGCUUUGUGAUUAAAACUUUUAUCGAAGAGCAUACUUGCCCUAUGGUGUAUAGGAACUUCAGAGUGAGCUCAACCUACCUGGCUGAUAGGUACUUAUCCGAUUGGAGGGCUGAACCAAACGUGUCAGUUAGUACAUUCAUGGAGAGGGUGAAAAAGGAUGGUUUGGUUGAGGGAUAUGUCGGUGAAUUCAGACGACUGUACAUUUGCCUUGGAGCAUUGAGGGACGGUUUCAUUAGGGGCUGUAGAAGGUUGAUUGGGUUAGAUGGUUGCUUUUUGAAGACAGAGCAUGGUGGGCAGUUAUUAUCUGCAGUUGGUGUGGAUGCUAAUAAUGGUAUGUACCCAGUGGCGUAUGCAGUUGUUGAGGUUGAGAACAGGGAUAACUGGAGAUGGUUUUUGGGGUUGUUAAAGGACGAUUUACAUAUAAACAACAGUCAGCAUUGGACAUUUAUUUCUGAUAAGCAGAAGGGGUUGGUUAAUGCAAUUGAGUCUUUGUUCGAGAAUUCGGAGCAUAGAACAUGUGUUAGACAUAUAUACAAUAAUUUUAGUGCCUCACACAAGGGAUUGGCUUUGAAGAAUUGUCUGUGGGAUGCAGCCAGAGCAACUACUGUAUUGCAGUGGGUUCACCACAUGCAGCGGAUGUUAGACAUAGACCAGGGUGCGUAUGAAUGGCUUGAAUCAAAACCAGCAUCUCAUUGGAGUAAAUCCCAUUUCAGAGAGGGAAACAAAUGUGACAUGCUUCUCAACAAUUUAUGUGAAUCAUUUAAUA